AAUUUGAAGCUGCAGUUUGUACAAUAAUUGGUAGAUGUCGUUCUUGAUCCAUGUGGCAUAAGGUCACAGCGCCUGCGCACUGUUCGUGGGCAGCUUUUUUCCUCGCGUGGAUGGGCAAAUUUAGAAUUUAGCCACAAAAAUGUUGGUUUUAUUUGAAACCCCGGCAGGUUAUGCCAUAUUCAAGUUACUGAAUGAGAAGAAACUACAGGAAACAGAAGAAUUGUUCAAAGACUUCGAGACACCAGAGAAGGCCAGUAAAAUCGUGAAACUCAAGCACUUCCAGAAGUUUGAUGACACAACAGAGGCGUUAUCAGCUGCCACUGCUGCAGUGGAAGGCAAGAUGAGUAAAACCAUGAAGAAGAUGCUGAAGAAGAUUGUAGCAAAGGAGGCUCACGAGGAGCUGGCUGUGGCAGAUGCCAAACUGGGCAAUGCUAUCAAGGACAAGUUAGACCUGCAGUGUGUGCACAACACGGCGAUAGCAGAACUCAUGAGAUGUAUCAAGUCUCAGGUCAACAACCUCAUCACCGGGCUGCCAAAUAAGGAGAUGGCGGCCAUGGCGCUGGGACUGGCGCACGGACUGUCCAGAUACAAGCUCAAGUUCAGCCCUGACAAGGUCGACACCAUGAUCAUACAGGCCAUAUGUCUCCUGGAUGAUUUAGACAAAGAGUUGAAUAACUACAUCAUGAGAUGUAAGGAGUGGUACGGCUGGCACUUCCCCGAGCUCAGUAAGGUCGUCACCGACAACCUGGCUUACGCCAAAACUGUCAAGGCUAUAGGUAACCGACUGAACACAUCCAAGACAGACCUGUCUCACAUCCUACCUGAAGAAGUGGAGGAACAGGUGAAGAAGGCAGCUGAGAUCUCCAUGGGUGUGGAGGUGGCUGAGACUGACAUAGAUAACAUCACCUACCUGUGUGACCAGGUGAUAGACAUUACCGAGUACAGAGCACAGCUAUAUGACUACCUGAAGAGCAGGAUGAUGGCCAUCGCACCCAACCUCACCAUCAUGGUCGGGGAGCUGGUAGGAGCUAGGCUCAUCUCACAUGCAGGUUCUCUUCUGAAUUUGGCCAAGCACCCGUCCUCCACAGUACAGAUCCUGGGUGCAGAGAAGGCCCUGUUCAGGGCACUCAAGACGAAACACGACACGCCCAAAUAUGGUCUGAUCUACCACGCCUCUCUGGUGGGACAGUCUACACCCAAGAACAAGGGCAAGGUAUCUAGAAUGUUGGCAGCUAAGACAGCGCUAGCGGCCAGGUACGAUGCUCUAGGAGAGGAGACGUCUAACGAGAUGGGUCUGGAGAACCGAGCCAGACUGGAGGCCAGGCUGAAGAUGAUCGAGGAGGGACACUUCAGGAAGAUCUCUGGAGCUGGCAGGGCCAAGGCACAGGCUGACAAGUACGAGAGUAAAAGCGUGGUCAAAGUGGCGGACCCAUCAGCAGACUCCACCCUCCCUGCUGUGCCAAAGAAGAGGAAGAUUGAGGAGGUUGGAGAAGGGGAGACGCCCGAGAAACCCAAGAAGAAGAAGAAAACCAAGGUCAAGGAAGAGCCAGCGGAAGCUGAGGAAACCGAGGAAGGUGAAUCAGCAAAGAAAAAGAAGAAGAAAGACAAAAAGAAGAAGGAAUCAUUAGGAGGGGCCAGCACUGCUACUGAACCAGAAACACCCGAACCAAGCUCUGAAAAGAAGAAGAAGAAAAAGAAGAAGGAAAAGAAAGUGAAAGAAGAGGAAGAUUCGGACUAAACCAUCCACAGUAACAUGCAGGGGUCAUUUCUGGAGCAAAGUCUUACUCUGUGGUGCCUGUUCAUGUUACAACAUGUCAUACGUUACAUGGUGAACAGUAAAAAAAACUGAUCCCAAAUGGAUGCAACAGUCUUUGUUAUCACAGUCUAUACAGCAAAGGUGUAGUGUACUGUACUGUAGAAAAAACAUCUAUCUAUGAUAUCAUUUGUGGCAUAAAGGAAAGCAAUAAGUGAGAGAAAAAUUUUCACAAGUGAACCAACAUUCCUUCAUUCAGCAGACUAUACUAGUACCACAUUUGUUCUUAUUGAAAGAAAAGAGGGAAAGGAAAACUUUUUAUUUCAGAAAAAGGAAGUUGUUAUAUUUUGAUUUACUUGAUUUGACCUGUUAAGUGGUAACUGCUAGAUUUUAUAACUACCCUGAAAAUCAAGUGUAGGGCAAAAAGGAGGCUCUUUUGACAUUUAUUUGUACGAUUUAUUCCGUUUCAUAUCAAAACCAUGCAGAAGUACACAGGAGUUGAGGUCAAAUGACUUUACAUCUAAUCAUUGCAUAAAUGAUACUGUUUAUGUAAAAUCCUUAGUUUUGUACAAAUUUUACACUUUUAUCGAUAUCUUAGAUAUGUGAGAAGUAGGUAUAGGAGAACCCAGCAUGGUUAACAUGGACUAUUGUGUUCUGAUUAUAUAUGAAAAGAAAGAUAACACAUGAA